GUUGAAGUGUCGAGCGGUUUUUCCCGACGUUCACGUCAUCCGUUCACAGUUAAAGUAAUUUUUCUCAUCCGAACUUUUUUCCCGGUCGAAAUUGAUUAUGAAAACGGUCGUAUCGAAGACGGGCAUCGAGGUGCUCUAUCCGUGCACGAUACAUCUGCUGAAAAAGGCGGCGAUCGUCGAAUGCGAAUACAAAUCGGACAGCGUCGGCCAGGAUCUCUUGGACUACAUUUGCGAUUAUUUCCAUUUCACCGACGCCGAGUAUUGGGGCCUCAAGUUUAUCGAUUCCUACGGCCAGAGGCAUUGGCUGGAGGCGGACAGAUUGAUUCGCGUGCAGGUUAAAAACUGCUGUCCCGUGCAUUUCCAACUUAGAAUUAACGUCUUCCCUCCGGAACCAUAUAAAUUGGCCGACAAAUUUACCAAGGAUCAAAUAUUUAUGCAAUUGAGGCUGAGUCUGUUGAACGGCAGCCUAGGCUGCGGGUCCAACGACGCCCCCCUCUUCAUCAGCCUCCUGCUGCAGUACAAUUACGGCGACCACGACGAAAAAGUCCACUUCGGCAACUACGUCAAGGACAAGAUCAUCCUGAACCAAACGUUCGCGUCGGAGGUGAAGGCCAUCGAGAUCCACAGGACGCACCUGAAGGGCCUGACCGGCGAGCAGGCGCAGGACCUGCUGCUGCGGCUCUCCUGCCAGUCGGAGACCUACGGAGUGGACCCCUACGUGGUGGAGAACGAGAACGGCGAGAAGGUGGUCCUGUACAUCAACUGCAACGGCCUGGCCACCUACAAGGACGCCGAGAAGGUGGAGGCCUUCGAUUGGAUGUCGAUUGGCGGCAUUUCGCAGGAUAAGCGAACGUUGCUCGUACACUCGACGAAGGACGAGGUUGUUAGGUACGUCUGCGUGACGGAGGGAGAGUGCAAUUACAUCCGCUACAGCGCUGUGAACCAUUUGAAAUGCUUCACCGGGUCCGGGUACCAAAGCACCAUGGCCGUCGUCGGCGUGAACGACGAUAAUGUAUCGGAUAAAUUCAUCAAGCAGGAAAUAUGUCGGUUGAACAACGACAAGAAAAUAAAGCGCAACAAGUUUUGUAAGUUCUUCACGGCGUUCAUUUGCUGGUACACCGUACUGUUCGCUGUAUUCUUCAUGAUUUGCUUCUUUGUGCAUCUGUUUGAUCUAAUCAGCUACGAUUUAUCGGAGAUUACGAGAAAAAUUACUUUACUCGGAUGGCUGGGUAAGAAUACGUAA